AUGAGAAUUCCAGUUUUUGAUAAAAGUUGUUUGGAGAUGCCGCCAAAAUUUGCAUUCCAGAAAAAUGAUAAAAAUGAAAGAUUAUCAAGCCAAAUUUUGGCAAGUACGGUAAUUCCAGCUGAAAUAUGUAGUCAAAUCAGAGAAAAUUGUGAACUUUUGCAAUCUACAAUUUUCACUGGAGACGUUACAUCAAAACUUCAGUCUUAUUCUAACCUCAUUCAAUUAACUACACCAGGACUUCAAUAUCCAUCUGAAACUUUCAUCGAAAAAUCCAUAAUUAACGUUUCUUUUACUGAAUUUGCAUCUGGCAAUAAUGAAAUCAUUGAAUUAGCAGCUCAACUUUUAGAAAACCUUUCUUAUUCACCAAAUUUGAUACAAGUCUUUAAUAGUGACAAUAAAUUUUAUCAAAAAUUAAUACUAAACUUAACCCAAGAUAUUGCAGUCAAUCACUCAUUAGAAAUCUUGACAAAUCUAUCAAAUACAAAUUCUGGUGCAUUUAUACUAUUACAAGAAGAAACGAUUCCAAUAUUUAACCAAAUUAUUCAAUCAAGCCAAAACCCCGAACUUAUCAACUCCAUUCUUCAUAUAGUAUCAAAUAUUUUUGCAGUUAAUUCAAGAUUUCCUGACAAAUAUUUUUAUGAUGGAAUACAAUUUUUUACACAAUUUUUCUCACCAUCGAUUCCAAAUUACCUUUCUUAUGCGCUCAUAGGUCUAUCUAACAUAGCUCGUGCAAAUGAAUCUUAUAAACAAACAAUUCUUGAAAAAAUUGAUAUAAACAUGAUAUUUUCGCAGCUUGCAUCACCAGAACCUUAUGCAUUUUUACUGUUAUUAAUCUCUUUAAUGAGCAAUGAACUUGCAGCUGCCUUUCCAAUUGAAAUAAUUCCUCCGCUUAUUGAGAGAGAAGAUACAAGAGAACUUGCAAUUUCAUUAUAUUCAGAGAUAUUUGAAGCAAACCCAGUCGCUGCUCAAAAUGCAGUUUCGUUAGGAAUUAUCAAUCAAUUACUUGAAAUAUCCCAGAUUCCGAAAUACGAGAAUAUUGCUUCUAUAUGCAUAAUCAAUGCCGUGAGAGUUUAUCCUCAAGGAAUAUUACCUACUUUAUUUGAAACGGAUUUCAUUAAUUCUGUUUUAGAUUUACUGGAAUAUGACGAUAAAUUAGUUACUAUGCAAGUAAUAUUCUUAAUCAAUAUUCUUCUUGGAAUUCAGGAUGAAAACAGACAAAACAUUUUAGAAAUGUUAGCUGACCAUAAUGUUAUAGAUUUAUUGGAAAGAUGGAAUGAUGAUAAGGAUAUAGGACCUUUAUCAAAUCAACUAGUAAGUGAUCUAAAUUCUGCUCUAUCGUAA